UCAGCUCUGCAGUCAGGAUGCAUCUCCCUAUUUGGAUUGCAGUCCUUCUAGGACUUGUCCUAACUCCAGUCCUUGCUGAUUUCCCUCAGCAGACAAAAGGAAACCAGCAAUUCAUCUUUGGUGGAGACUCUCAGAUCACUAUCGGCGGGAUCUCACAAGGCGUGAAGAUCAAUAGUCAAACAAGGGUGGUAAUCAUCGAGCAAAAGAGCCAAAAUUUAUCAUGGAAAACCAUCUGGAACUACAACAGGGGUGUCAUUGCAACCAAAGUCCCGCAAGAGAACACCUGCUACAUUUCCAUCAUGAACAGAACUGGCAUACCCAGUUUUAAUAAUCUGGCCCGACUGGCGGCAGAGAGAAGGAACUUGAUGGGUGUUCUUGGAAGACCUACCAAGGAGAUCACCUUUGUCACCAAUGGAUUGGUCAACAACCUCUACUCCUAUGGAAUAGAAAUCUCAGCUAUGUGCAGCGGACUCACCACCUACAUGGCUUACGAAGUUCAGGGAUUCCAAGUGAAUCUGGGAUCCUGUAUUACCCUCCAUGUCUUGAGAGCUGUGGAUCUGAGGUACUGCAAUAGCAAUGGCGACUGGAAUGGCAUUGGAAAUGGCAAUUGGGAUGGCAAUGGCAACUGGAAUGGCAAUUGGAAUAUCACUGGCAAUUGGAAUGGCAACGGACAGCAGAUUCCAGGUGGUAUCUUCAACAACACGGAGGGCAACAUCUUCAACAACACUCAAGUCAUCAUUGGUGGCCAGUCCCAAAUUGUGACCAUCAACUGGCAAUGGCGUGUGGCUGUCAUUGAGCAAAGGAGCUUCAGUGGGUCCUGGAAAACCAUCUGGAACUACAACAGGGGUGUCAUUGCAACCAAAGUCCCACAACAGAACGCCUGCUACAUUUCCACCAUGAACAGAAUCCAGAUGCCCCUCUUUGAUAACCUGGCCCGCCUGGCAGAAGAGAGCAGGAACCUGAUUGGUGUCUUUGGAAGACAUACCAAGAUCACCUAUGUCACCAACGGACUGGUCAACAACCUCUACUCCUACGGAGCAGACAUCAUGGCUACGUGCAGCGGGCUCACCACCUACAUGGCUACCGAAGUUAGCACUUUCCAAGGACCCCAGGUGAAUCUGGGACCAUGCAUGACCCUCGAUGUGCUGAGAGUUGUAGAGCUGAAGUACUGCAAUAGCUAUGGCAAUUGGAAUGGCAACUGGAACAACAAUUGGAAUGGCAACUGGAACAACAAUUGGAAUGGCAUUGGCAAUGGCAACUGGAAUGGCAUCUGGAACAACAAUUGGAAUGGCAUUGGCAAUGGCAACUGGAAUGGCAUCUGGAACAACAACUGGAAUGGCAGUUGGAAUGGCAACUGGAACAACUGGACUGGCAUUGGCAAUGGCAACUGGAAUGGCAACUGGAACAACUGGAACAACAAUUGGAAUGGCAUCUGGAACAACAACUGGAAUGGCAAUGGCAUCUGGAACAACUGGAACAACAACUGGACUGGCAUUGGCAACAACUGGAACAACUGGAAUAACAAUUGGAAUGGCAACUGGAACAACUGGAACAACAAUUGGAAUGGCAACUGGAGCAACAAUUGGAAUGGGAACUGGAACAACUGGAAUGGCAUCUGGAACAACUGGAACAACAACUGGACUGGCAUUGGCAACAACUGGAACAACUGGAAUAAGAAUUGGAAUGGCAUCUGGAACAACAACUGGAACAACAAUUGGAAUGGCAUCUUCAAUGGCAACUGGAACAACUGGAAUGGCAAUAGCAACUGGAACAAUUGGAAUGGCAUCUUCAAUGGCAACUGGAACAACUGGAAUGGCAAUAGCAACUGGAACAACAAUUGGAAUGGCAUCUUCAAUGGCAACUGGAACAACAAUUGGAACGGAAUCGGCAACAACAACUGGAAUGGCAUUUGGAACGGCAAUGGCAUCUGGAACAACAACUGGAACAGCAUCUGGAACAACAAUUGGAAUGGCAUUUGGAAUGGCAAUGGCAAUUGGAACAACUGGAAUGGCAUUGGCAGUGGCAACUGGAACAACUGGAACAACAAUUGGAAUGGCAUCUGGAACAACAACUGGAAUGGCAACUGGAACAACUGGAACAACAACUGGACUGGCAUUGGCAACAACUGGAACAACUGGAAUAACAAUUGGAAUGGCAACUGGAACAACUGGAACAACAGUUGGAAUGGCAACUGGAGCAACAAUUGGAAUGGGAACUGGAACAACUGGAAUGGCAACUGGAACAACAACUGGACUGGCAUUGGCAACAACUGGAACAACUGGAACAACAACUGGAAUGGCAUUGGCAACAUCUGGAACAACUGGAACAACAACUGGAAUGGCAUCGGCAACAACUGGAACAACUGGAACAACAACUGGAAUGGCAUCGGCAACAUCUGGAACAACUGGAACAACAAUUGGAAUGGCAUCGGCAAUGGCAACUGGAAUGGCAUUUGGAAUGGCAACUGGAACAACUGGAACAACAACUGGAAUGGCAAUGGCAUCUGGAACAACUGGAAUGGCAUUUGGAAUGGCAAUGGAAACUGGAAUAAUUGGAAUGGCACUGGCAUCUGGAACAAUUGGAAUGGCUUUGGCAAUGGCACCUGGAACAACAAUUGGAAUGGAUUCGGCAACAACAGCUGGAACAAUUGGAAUGGCAUUUGGAAUGGCUUUGGCAACAACUGGAACAACUGGAAUGGCAUUGGCAAUGGCAACUGGAAUGGCAUCUGGAAUGGCAAUGGCAUCUGGAAUGGCAGCUGGAACGGCAAUUUCCCGUUUCAGCAGAUUCCAGGUGGCAUCUUCAACAACACUCAAGUCAUCAUUGGUGGCCAGUCCCAAAUUGUGUCCAUCAACAGGCAAUGGCGUGUGGCUGUCAUUGAGCAAAGGAGCUUCAGCGGGUCCUGGAAAACCAUCUGGAACUACAACACGGGUGUCAUUGCAACCAAAGUCCCACAAGAGAACACCUGCUACAUUUCCAUCAUGAACAGAAAUGAGAUGCCCAGCUUUGAUAACCUGGCCCGCCUGGCAGAAGAGAGCAGGAAUCUGAUUGGCGGUUUGGAAAGUCCGACCACGAGGAUCACCUAUGUCACCAACGGACUGGUCAGCAACCUCAACUCCUUCGGAAUAGACAUCACGGCUAUGUGCAGCGGGCUCACCACCUACAUGGCUUAUCAAGUCAACACUUUCCAAGGACCCCAGGAGAAUCUGGGAUCGUGCAUUACCCUCGAUGUCCUGAGAGCUGUGGACCUGAACUACUGCAAUAGCAACGGCAGUAUCAAUUUCCCGACUCAGGAGAUUCCCAGCAGCAUCUUCAACAACACUCAAGUCAUCAUUGGUGGCCAAUCCCAAAUUGUGACUAUCAACUGGCAAUGGCGUGUGGCUGUCAUUGAGCAAAGGAACAUCAGCGGGUCCUGGAAAACCAUCUGGAACUACGACACGGGUGUCAUUGCAACCAAAGUCCCACAACAGAACGCCUGCUACAUUUCCAUCAUGAACAGAAGCCAGAUGCCCCUCUUUGAUAACCUGGCCCGCCUGGCAGAAGAGAGCAGGAACCUGAUUGGCCUCUUUGGAAGACAUACCGAGAUCACCUUCGUCACCAGUGGACUGGUCAACAACCUCUACUCCUAUGGAAUAGAGAUCAUGGCUAUGUGCAGUGGACUCCCCACCUACAUGGCUACCGAAGUUAGCACUUUCCAAGGACCCCAGGUGAAUCUGGGACCAUGCAUGACCCUCGAUGCGCUGAGAGUUGUAGAGCUGAAGUACUGCAAUAGCUAUGGCAAUUGGAAUGGCAACUGGAACAACAAUUGGAACAACAAUUGGAAUGGCAUCUGGAACAACAACUGGAAUGGCAUCGGCAACAUCUGGAACAACUGGAACAGCAAUUGGAAUGGCAACUGGAACAACUGGAACAACAAUUGGAAUGGCAUCUGGAACAACAACUGGAAUGGCAACUGGAACAAUUGGAACAACAAUUGGAAUGGCAACUGGAACAACAACUGGAAUGGCAACUGGAACAACUGGAACGGCAUCUGGAACAACAACUGGAAUGGCAACUGGAACAACUGGAACAACAACUGGAAUGGCAUUGGCAAUGGCAACUGGAACAACUACUGGAAUGGCAUUGGCAAUGGUAACUGGAACAACUGGAACAACAAUUGGAAUGGCAUCUGGAACAACAACUGGAAUGGCAAUGGCAUCUGGAACAACAACUGGAAUGGCAACUGGAACAACUGGAACAACAAUUGGACUGGCAUUGGCAACAACUGGAACAACUGGAAUAACAAUUGGAAUGGCAACUGGAACAACUGGAACAACAGCUGGAAUGGCAACUGGAACAACUGGAAUGGCAACUGGAACAACAGUUGGAAUGGCAACUGGAACAACUGGAAUGGCAACUGGAACAACAACUGGACUGGCCUCGGCAACAACUGGAACAACUGGAAUAACAACUGGAAUGGCAUCGGCAACAUCUGGAACAACUGGAAUAACAAUUGGAAUGGCAACUGGAACAACAACUGGAAUAACAACUGGAAUGGCAUCUGGAACAACAACUGGAGCAACAACUGGAAUGGCAUCUGGAACAACAACUGGAACAACAACUGGAAUGGAAUCUGGAACAACAAUUGGAAUGGCAUCGGCAACAACAACUGUAACAACAAUUGGAAUGGCAUCGGCAACACCUGGAACAACAAUUGGAAUGGCAUUUGGACUGGCAAUAGCAACUGGAAUAACUGGAAUGGCAUCGGCAACAUCUGGAACAACUGGAACAACAAUUGGAAUGGCAACUGGAAUAACAACUGGAACGGCAUCUGGAACAACAACUGGAAUGGCAUUGGCAACAACUGGAACAACUGGAACAACAACUGGAAUGGCAUCGGCAACAACUGGAACACCUGGAACAACAACUGGAAUGGCAUCGGCAACAUCUGGAACAAUUGGAAUGGCAUCGGCAAUGGCAACUGGAAUGGCAUUUGGAAUGGCAACUGGAACAACUGGAACAACAACUGGAAUGGCAAUGGCAUCUGGAACAACUGGAAUGGCAUUUGGAAUGGCAAUGGAAACUGGAAUAAUUGGAAUGGCACUGGCAUCUGGAACAAUUGGAAUGGCUUUGGCAAUGGCACCUGGAACAAUUGGAAUGGAUUCGGCAACAACAGCUGGAACAAUUGGAAUGGCAUUUGGAAUGGCUUCGGCAAUAACUGGAACAACUGGAAUGGCAUUGGCAAUGGCAACUGGAAUGGCAUCUGGAAUGGCAAUGGCAUCUGGAACGGCAUCUGGAACGGCAAUUUCCCGUUUCAGCAGAUUCCAGGUGGCAUCUUCAACAACACUCAAGUCAUCAUUGGUGGCCAGUCCCAAAUUGUGUCCAUCAACAGGCAAUGGCGUGUGGCUGUCAUUGAGCAAAGGAGCUUCAGCGGGUCCUGGAAAACCAUCUGGAACUACAACACGGGUGUCAUUGCAACCAAAGUCCCACAAGAGAACACCUGCUACAUUUCCAUCAUGAACAGAAAUGAGAUGCCCAGCUUUGAUAACCUGGCCCGCCUGGCAGAAGAGAGCAGGAAUCUGAUUGGCGGUUUGGAAAGUCCGACCACGAGGAUCACCUAUGUCACCAACGGACUGGUCAGCAACCUCAACUCCUUCGGAAUAGACAUCACGGCUAUGUGCAGCGGGCUCACCACCUACAUGGCUUAUCAAGUCAACACUUUCCAAGGACCCCAGGAGAAUCUGGGAUCGUGCAUUACCCUCGAUGUCCUGAGAGCUGUGGACCUGAACUACUGCAAUAGCAACGGCAGUAUCAAUUUCCCGACUCAGGAGAUUCCCAGCAGCAUCUUCAACAACACUCAAGUCAUCAUUGGUGGCCAAUCCCAAAUUGUGACUAUCAACUGGCAAUGGCGUGUGGCUGUCAUUGAGCAAAGGAACAUCAGCGGGUCCUGGAAAACCAUCUGGAACUACGACACGGGCGUCAUUGCAACCAAAGUCCCACAACAGAACGCCUGCUACAUUUCCAUCAUGAACAGAAGCCAGAUGCCCCUCUUUGAUAACCUGGCCCGCCUGGCAGAAGAGAGCAGGAACCUGAUUGGCCUCUUUGGAAGACAUACCGAGAUCACCUUCGUCACCAGUGGACUGGUCAACAACCUCUACUCCUAUGGAAUAGAGAUCAUGGCUAUGUGCAGUGGACUCCCCACCUACAUGGCUACCGAAGUUAGCACUUUCCAAGGACCCCAGGUGAAUCUGGGACCAUGCAUGACCCUCGAUGUGCUGAGAGUUGUAGAGCUGAAGUACUGCAAUAGCUAUGGCAAUUGGAAUGGCAACUGGAACAACAAUUGGAACAACAAUUGGAAUGGCAUCUGGAACAACAACUGGAAUGGCAUCGGCAACAUCUGGAACAACUGGAACAGCAAUUGGAAUGGCAACUGGAACAACUGGAACAACAAUUGGAAUGGCAUCGGGAACAACAAUUGGAAUGGCAAUGGCAACUGGAACAACUGGAACAACAAUUGGAAUGGCAACUGGAACAACUGGAGCAACAAUUGGAAUGGCAUCUGGAACAACUGGAAUGGCAAUGGCAUCUGGAACAACUACUGGAAUAACAACUGGAACAACUGGAACAACAGUUGGAAUGGCAACUGGAACAACUGGAACAACAGUUGGAAUGGCAUCUGGAACAACUGGAGCAACAAUUUUAAUGGCAACUGGAGCAACUGGAACGGCAACUGGAACAACAACUGGACUGGCUUCGGCAACAACUGGAACAACUGGAAUAACAAUUGGAAUGGCAUCGGCAACAUCUGGAACAACUGGAACAACAACUGGAAUGGCAUCUGGAACAACAACUGGAAUAACAAUUGGAAUGGCAUCUGGAACAACAACUGGAACAACAACUGGAAUGGCAACUGGAACAACAACUGGAACAACAACUGGAAUGGCAACUGGAACAACAACUGGAAUGGCAUCUGGAACAACUGGAAUGGCAAUGGCAACUGGAACAACUGGAAUGGCAUUGGCAAUGGCUACUGGAAUGGCAACUGGAACAACAAUUGGAAUGGCAUCUGGAACAACAACUGGAAUGGCAAUGGCAUCUGGAACAACAACUGGUCUGGCAUUGGCAAUGGCAACUGGAACAACUGGAACAACAAUUGGAAUGGCAACUGUAACAACAACUGGAAUGGUAAUGGCAUCUGGAACAACAACUGGUCUGGCAUUGGCAAUGGCAACUGGAACGGCAACUGGAACAACUGGAACAACAAUUGGAAUGGCAUCUGGAACAACAACUGGAAUGGCAAUGGCAUCUGGAACAACUACUGGAAUGGCAAUGGCAUCUGGAACAACUACUGGAAUAACAACUGGAACAACUGGAACAACAACUGGAAUGGCAUCGGCAACAACUGGAACAACAGUUGGAAUGGCAACUGGAACAACUGGAAUUGGAAUGGCAACUGGAAUGGCAACUGGAACAACUGGAACAACUGGAACAACAACUGGUCUGGCAUUGGCAAUGGCAACUGGAAUGGCAACUGGAACAACAACUGGACUAGCAUCGGCAACAACUGGAACAACUGGAAUAACAAUUGGAAUGGCAACUGGAACAACUGGAACAACAAUUGGAAUGGCAACUGGAACAACUGGAACAACAAUUGGAAUGGCAACUGGAACAACUGGAAUGGCACCUGGAACAACAACUGGAACAACAACUGGAAUGGCAUCGGCAACAACUGGAACAACAACUGGAACAACUGGAAUGGCAUUGGCAAUGGCAACUGGAACGGCAUUUGGAAUGGCAACUGGAACAACUGGAAUGGCAAUAGUAACUGGAACAACAACUGGAAUGGCAUUUGGAAUGGCAAUGGAAACUGGAACAAUUGGAAUGGCACUGGCAAUGGCAUCUGGAACAAUUGGAAUGGCUUUGGCAAUGGCACCUGGAACAACAAUUGGAAUGGAUUUGGCAAUGGCAUCUGGAACAACAACUGGAAUGGCAUUUGGAAUGGCAAUGGCAUUGGCAAUGGCUUUGGCAACAACUGGAACAACUGGAAUGGCAUUGGCAAUGGCAACUGGAAUGGCAUCUGGAAUGGCAAUGGCAUCUGGAACGGCAGCUGGAAUGGCAAUUUCCCGGAGUCAGGUAACAACCAAGAAAUCAUCAGUGAUGGAGAUUCCCACAUCUCCAUCUCUGGUGGGGACUCUCAUAUCUCCAUCUCUGGUGUCUCACAAAGCAUAAGCAUCAAUAGCGAAACACAGGAAGCAACUAUGGAGCAAAAGAGCAACGAUUUGUCUUGGAAAACCAUCUGGAACUACAACAGGGGUAUCAUUGCAACAAAAGUGAUGCCAGAGAGAACAUGCUACAUUUCCACCAUGAACAGGAAUGAGAUGCCUACCUUUGCUGCACUUGUCAGAGUGGCUGCAGAGAGGAGGAACCUGAUCGGUGGUUUUGGAAGACCUACCACGAAGACUGCCUUUGUCACCGAUGGAUUGGUCAGCAACCUCAUCUCCUAUGGAUCAGAUGUCUUCUCUAUGUGCAGUGGACUCCCCACCUACAUGACUUAUGAAGUUCAGGUACCCCAGUACAAUCAACAAUUAUGCCUUGCACUUAACGUCUUGGGACUUGUGGAGCUGGAGUACUGCAAUGGCAAUGGACAGGUUGGAAAAUCUUACCUUUCUUGAACCAAGACCCAGCCUUCAGAGCUGCUGCCCAAAGCCAACCCUGAUACUGUUCUUCCCUGACAUCCCUUCUUUCAAGAGUUUUGUUCUUCAUGGUUCAGAAGCUGAAACAGAUCAUUUGUUGACUAGAGCUUUCAAUUAAAAACCUUUUGCAUAGAUGA